GCUCGACCAAGCAACCUGGACGAGCAGCUCGAGGUAAAUAUUACUUACUAUUCUUACCUGCGCCUGGGUCUGGAUAACGGAGAGAAGGCAAUUAAUUAUACAGCCAGCUGUAUAUCUCUCUCUUGUAAUCUUUCUCUACUCUCCUAAUCUAUCUGCCUAUCUUAUAAUAUCCUAUUCCUCGUUACUCACAUACCAUACAGAAUCGAAAAAAAAAAAAAAAACCAAAAAACCAAAACCCGGACAACCAUUCUCAAAGUACCCGGCAAAGAUAGGAUACCGGAUACCCCAGCGAAAACGGCCGGAGGAUAGGAUCUGCUAAACACCCCAGUCCGAUCGGGGGUAGCAAACACAAAAUACAAUAUACAUAAUCAUAAUCACAAUCACGCACGAUGAGUUUCCCAGGCUUCGGCGGGGGUAGCUCCGCGGCCGCGUCGACGGUGGCGGCGGGAAUGGGGAUUGGAGGAGCCAGUACGGCGGGGAUGAGUGGCCAGGAAGCCGCGAUGGUGAAGACGAUCCAAGCGGCAAUGGAAUCCUGCCCCGUCAAAUCCGUCAUGGCGGGCGGCAUGGGCUUCGCGCUCGGCGGUGCUUUUGGUUUAUUCAUGAGCAGUAUGUCCUACGACACCCCCCUAACCCCGCAAGGCCGCGAACUCUCCACACUGCCCGUCCGCGAACAACUCCGGCGUGGCUUCAAAGACAUGGGCAGCCGCUCCUACAGCUCCGCGAGAAACUUUGCCGUCGUCGGCGCCAUCUUCAGCGGGACGGAGUGCUGCAUUGAAGGGCUGCGAGCGAAGAACGAUCUGGCGAACGGGGUUGCGGCGGGUUGUAUUACCGGCGGGGUGCUGGGGGCGAAGGCGGGGCCGCAGGCGGCAAUGCUGGGGUGUGCUGGGUUUGCAGCGUUUAGUGCGGCGAUUGAUGCGUGGAUGAGGCAGCCGUCGGAUUAGAUUGGGGGAGGUUUCUCCUGAUAUGGUCCUUUCUUUUUUUACUGGCGUUGUGUUUUGGGGGGGUUAUAUACGUUAAGCUUUGCUUUCUUGCUUAAUGUUUUAUCUAGAGGGUUGUUUUGGGUGCAUUUACGGGCGUUCCUUUUGAUUUUUGAUUUUUUUUUUGAUUUUUAUUUUUUACCUCUUUUCUUCAAUUCUUGGGAUUAUCGUCGCCUCGUUACUCUGAAAGAUUGGGUAACUUGGAAGGGUUGGAGUGAUUCUGAUACCAACACUGUGGGAUCGGCCGUCUCGUCUGGCGGAGAUAAGAGAAGAAUCCCGACUCAUUUAUGGAUGGAUAUACGGAGAGAUGGGGAUGGAGGGUGCACGCUAGCUUGUAUUUCUAGGAGAAUGUGUGUAUGAAUGUAUGUAACAUGUACGAUAGAAGAGUUGAUGAUUAGGAAAUAAAAAAGGAGACAGAAUAGUGUAUAUUUUUUCGUAGGCUGAUUGACACAUCCUGCCCAAGCAAAGCUGCAAGCUGCUUGUGGCUUUCAAUAUAUAUCCUAGUUCUGAAUACAAAACGCCGAAUUUCU